AUGUCCAGUGGAUCCUUCUACAUACCGAGGGAUAAUCCAUUACGGGCUCAAGGAGAAGAUGCUAACUUUGUUUUGCCAAGACGGCAGACUUUUGGAGUUGCUGAUGGGGUCGGGAGUUGGGCUGGAAAGGGUAUUGAUUCCGGUGAAGAAUAUUCAAGAAAACUAAUGCCUAGCACAAUUUUUGCCAUCAUGAACCAAAAGCACCCCAUUAAUCCAAGAAAGGCUUUGAACGAAGCUUUCUACAAAACCAAUGCCAAAGGAAGCGGGUUGUAUGAUAUACGCUUAGCUGAGGAGAUUAAGAGGGAUGUGGAACCAGAAGAUGUUAUUGUUGCAGGAACAGAUGGAUUGUUUGAUAACGUGCAUGAUGGAGAACUUGAAGAGCUGUGGAAAGCCAAAAGGCUGGAAACGCUGGGCGUACUGGCGGCAAGAUUGGUGAUAUAA